AUGUCGAACAGCUCCGUCGAUGAGGGCAGCCACUUCAGCCAGACCUGCGACCUCUUCGACGACACCGCCCUCACCAAGCGCAAUCUGCUCAGCUUCAUCCACGUCUGCACCUACAGCGAUGCUCUGCCCGAGGCGCACGCCUUCUUCCUUGAAUUUGUCGGCAAGUUUGGCCGCUCGCUGCCGUCGGCGGACACUGCCCAGUGCGCCGAGCUGCUGAUCAAGGGCUGGGCGCGGAAGGGCAACACCGAAAAUGUGCGCGAGCUGAUGCGCUUCAUCACCAGCACCACCACCGGGCAGAAGCAGCGCCUGACGGUGCCCAUCUUCGAGUACUACCUCCUCUCGCUGGUGAAGCAGCUGAAGCGAAUUACCGCCGCCGAUGUACGCGGCCUCCUCCAGGAGAUGGCGGAGAACGGCCUCAGUCCGCAGUUCCUCUUCUACCGCUCCACGCUGAGCUCCGCCGAGCUGCGUCUGCUGAAGGAGACGCUGGACCGGCUGGGCAUUCGCCUCCACACUCGCCGGUACCAGCACCCGCGGGCGCCGCCCAACAAGCACCUGGUGGCGCUGGAGCGGGAGCAGCUGCCGCAGCAGCCUCCUUACGAUCCCUUUGCCGGCGUCGCCGACCUGCAGACGGGCGAGCAGAUGACCGCAUUGCUCGAGGAGCAACUGGCCGCGGAGAUGGCAGCCACGGUGAAGGUGCCCCCGGUGCCGGGCGCCCGUUUCUACGACCUCGAGCCUCGACGCCUUCCAGCCGAGGCCUACCAGCGCCUGCUGGACCUCCUCGAGGCGGAGUGGCGGGAGACGCUGGCGGCGGGCUUUGCCGCCCACCUCGACACCGUCUGCAGCCGGCAGAAGCGCCUGAACGGCAUUCCCUACCACCACUACCUGAGCAUCCUCGAGCCGGAGUUCUACGUGCAGGCGAUGCUGGAGGAGAUUCGCCGCUGCGCCACCUUCAGCGAGCACUACUCGCCCUUUGCCAGUCAGCUCUUUGAGGCCCUGGGCCGGCGGGUGAUGGGCGAGUACCUGCUGCGCUCGAACACCGCCGACGGGACGCUGGCCGACUUCAAGCGCUGCUACGCCGCCUACGCCGUCCAGUACACGCGCAGUCCGGCGCUGAUGGGGCAGCACAGCCCCCGCGAGUACUGGCAGCAGCGGCUGGUGGAGGCGGGAGGGCACCACUUUUACUUUGACGAGAGCAAGCAGUGGCCGGUGAAUGUCCUGCGGGAGCUGGGCAAGGACCUCUACGAGGUGAUCAGCGCCGAUGCGCACUUCAACUCGGUGCUGAUGGGCGCUCUCCAGCAGAGUGGGCCUUCGGAGGGUGUUUCAGGUGUUUCCACCUCGUCUUCAUCCUCGCUCACCCCAGUGAUCAGCUUCGUCUACAAGAGCCACGACUGCUUCAAGACGAAGCGGGAGGUGCGCGUCCACCCCCUGCUCAUUCGCCUCUACGAGGGCGCCUGCUCGGCGAUUCACUUUGAGACGGAACGCUUGCCGAUGCUCUCCCCGCCGGUGCCCUGGGUGGCCACCAAUUUUGGCGGCAAUCUGCUGGUGCCGAACUUUGUCAUUCGCCUGCCGGCCGCUUACCCGCGAGCGAUGCUCCGCCGGACGCCGGUGACGCAGUUCUACCCCACCUUUGAUGCGCUCAACGCCCUCUCGCUCUGUCCGUGGAAGAUUAAUGGACGGUUGCUGGACAUUGCCACUUCGAUCUUCAAGGACAGAGGGAACCUCGAGCUGGACAUUCCCAUCUCGCUGUCCAAGUUUGGCCCACUGCCGCGCUCCACACACGACAUGACGCCCAAGGAGAAGGCGUACACCUGGCACCGGCGGAAGCUGCAGAAGAAGGAGCAGGCGGAGAUGUACAGCCUGUGGGUGGACUGCCUCUACAAGCUCUCCAUUGGCCACUAUCUCCGCGACCGCACCUUCUGGUUCCCCAUCAACACCGACUUUCGCAGCCGCGUCUACCCCAUUCCGCCCAACUUUAACCACCUCGGCAGCGACCUCUCCCGCUCGCUGCUUCUCUUUGCAAAGGGCAGUCCGCUGGGCGAGCGCGGCCUCGACUGGCUCAAGGUGCACCUGAUCAACCUGACGGGGCUGAAGAAGCGGUGCUCAGUGGCGGAGCGGCUCGCCUACGCCGACGAGAUCCUCGAGGAGCUGAUAAUGGACAGCGCCGACCGCCCACUGGAGGGGCGGCGGUGGUGGAUGCAGGCGGACGAGAAGUGGCAGACGCUGGCGGCCUGCAUUGAGCUGACGGCGGCGGUGCGCAGCGGCGACCCCGCCUCCUACGUCAGCCACCUGGCCAUCCACCAGGACGGCAGCUGCAAUGGGCUGCAGCACUACGCCGCUCUGGGCCGCGACCUCCUCGGCGCCAGGUCGGUGAAUCUGGUGCCGGCCGAGGUGCCCCAGGACGUCUACUCCGACGUGGCCGCCCUCGUCGAGGCGGAGAUUGAGCGGGACGCGGCGGCCGGCGUGGAGAUUGCCGCCGUCGUCCGGGGCUUCAUCACCCGCAAGGUGGUGAAGCAGACGGUGAUGACGUACGUGUACGGCGUGACGAAGUACGGCGCCAAGCUGCAGGUGCUGAAGCGACUGCGGGAGGACGCCGCCUUCCCCGAGGGCCACAAGGUGACCGCCUCGCUCUACAUCAGCGAGAAGAUCUUCGCCAGCAUUGGGCGGAUGUUCAAGCAGACGAGGGCCAUUCAGGACUGGCUGACGGGGGCGGCGCAGAUUAUCAGCGCAGAGUAUGGGGCCACGGUGGACUGGGUGACGCCUCUCGGCUUUCCCGUCAUUCAGCCGUACUUUAAGACGACCAAGAAAAACUCGAAAGGAGAGCAGGCGACCAGCAGCCUGGUGCCGAACACGAUGAAGCAGAAGAACGGCUUCCCGCCCAACUUCAUCCAUUCGCUCGAUUCUAGUCACAUGAUGCUGACGGCGCUCGGCUGCCACCGCGCCGGGCUCACCUUCGCAAGCGUCCACGACUGCUUCUGGACACAUGCCAGUCAGGUGGACACCAUGAAUGGCAUCUGCCGGCGGACAUUUGUGGGCCUGCACGAGGAGCCCAUUCUCGACAACCUGGCCGCCUACCUCGCUCGCCGGCUGGAGGAGGUGCACAAUGAGGGGGCGAGGGAGAUGACGCCGGCGCAGCACCGCCAGCUGCUGAAGGCCGUCCACCGGACCAUACCCAAGGGCGACUUUGACCUGAAGCAGGUCCUCGAUUCGGUGUACUUUUUUAGCUAG